AUGUCGUCUCCGCUGCUGGCGCUGUGCCACUUCUGUGAGCUGCACGGGCCGCGCGUCGUCUUCACGACGGAGGACUCUGAGGUGGCCGGCCGGUGGUACUGCAGCCAGCAGGUGCCCUCCGACCCGGACCAGGCGGCGCUACUGCGCCAGGGCUGCGCGCGCAGUCUCAGCUGCGAGGUGUGCCCCGGACCCGACGGCGUCAUCUACUUUGGCGACGAGGUGCGCGGCCACGUCAUCUCGCACAACUUCAGCCUCAGCGACGUGAACGCGCGCGGCUCGCAGCGCAACUACAGCAUCGUGGUGCUGUCCGCCGACAAACACCUCCUGCUGCGCAACUGGAGCUUCUACGGACAGCAGCUGCGCCAGAUCGGCCGAGACCUGCAGACCAGCGCCAGCCGCGUGUUCGACGCCGAGGACGAGCCGCUGGCCAUGGAGGACUUCCCUCUACUGGUCAACCGUCCGCGCGCGCCACGGCGCCGCUCUUCUCAGAGCGUCAAACCGAGCCGCUCGCUGGCCGAGAUCACCGGUGCGCCGGACGUCUACCGCAGCCUCCACCAGCUGUUCACCUUCAUACUGCGUUCCGGUGAGAACCGGUUCGUGGCGCUGGGCGGCGGCGCGGCCCCGGCGGCGCGCGGCGUGUCCCAGCUGCCGCCGAUCACCACAGCACUCCACACGCUGCUCGGGCCGCGGCUGCGGCAACUGCGCACCGAGCUCGGCCCGGAGAACUUCCGUGACAUCAUCAGUCACGUGCUGGUCGGCCAUCAGCUGGUGCUGCGCGGCCGCGAGAACGAUGUAACCUCUGUGAUCGACGCGUUUCGACUGCUGUUGCCAGCCAGCUGCUACUCGCCUCUGCCGUACAGCUCGGCCUACCAGCAGCCGCACCGGUGUAACCUGCUGGGCGUGCCGCCGGACGCGCGCCUGCCCGCCCAGCUGGCCAAGUCGCUGGACGCGGCGCUGGCCAACCAGCGGCUGCCGGACGCCCUGCUCGACCACCGGCUGGCCUCGCUGCGCCAGGACUGGAAGAGCAAGUCGGAGCAGCUGUUUGAGUACUGGAGCGGCGAGCACGGUGACGGCGGCCGGUCGCAGGCCGACACGCAGGCGUUCAUCGCCGCGCUGGGCUGUCAGCCGUGUGACCUGCCGCUGCUCCAGUUCUGGAUGACCUCCAGCUGA